AUGCGCCGCGCGGGCGCGGAGGCCACCCCCGCAGGGCUCCACGUGGACCACCACCCGGAGAAGCCAGCGAGGUCGAGAACCCUCUCCCUCCGGCCUGAUCCCACCCGGCCCCUGUCGCCCCGCCCCGGGUUGGACACGCCUCCCUCCUCCAUCCUGCUGAAAUCACCCCCCCACCCCACCCAGGGGCAGGGGAGGCUGGGGUCGCCUGGCACGCCCCGUGUGACCCUCCCCCGCCGGGGCACUGGUUUCUCCCGACCCCCAUCCUGCGUUGCGCUGUCCUGCUGGGGGCAGGGAGGGGGCCCCUUAGCCCCCGAGUGGGCACGGGGAGGGGUGGUCACAGGUGAGGCACCGCUGAGCGCAGUGGCCCGGAGCCAGUCCAUGGCGGGCAGCGGCUGCCGGCUCCUUAGGCGACCGGCCCCGGAGGCCAGGCCCUUCCCCCGCCGCCUGCAGAAGGCGGGGGCCUGCUGGGAGCCAGCGCAGGCUCCCUGCUCCCUCAGGUCCGGGGCCCUCUGGUCUGCACCUUUCAGAAGUGGAGGCGUCUCAAGGGAAGACGACUGGAAGGAGAGCGGACCUCAGAACAGAAGCUACUCCGCCCAGCAUCCAGGCCCCGCUCAUGCAGGGCAGGCCCUCUCGAGGCACCAGCCGGACCGCUAA